CAGGCAGCAUCAUGGCGGACCGAGACAGUGGAAGUGAGCAGGGAGGAGCAGCCACGGGCCCAAGCAUCGGUUCCAUGCACCUAGCGACAGGAGGGGCGGGCUCGGCUUCCGGGCUCCAGCAUGAGACACAAGAGCUAGCGUCGAAGCGAGUUGACAUACAAAACAAACGCUUCUAUUUGGACGUUAAGCAGAAUGCGAAGGGCCGCUUCUUAAAGAUAGCAGAAGUCGGGGCCGGGGGAAACAAGAGCCGCCUCACUCUCUCCAUGUCAGUCGCGGUCGAGUUCCGUGACUACUUGGGGGACUUCAUCGAACAUUAUGCCCAGCUAGGUCCAAGCAAUCCGGACAUGGUACAAGACGAGCCCCGGCGAGCACUUAAAAGCGAGUUCUUGGUCAGGGAAAAUCGGAAAUACUACAUGGAUCUGAAAGAGAACCAGAGAGGACGGUUUCUGAGGAUCCGACAGACCGUUAACCGGGGGCCCGGUUUGGGAUCCACACAAGGCCAGACGAUCGCUCUGCCUGCCCAGGGACUUAUUGAGUUUCGCGACGCUUUGGCUAAACUUAUUGACGAUUACGGUGUGGAGGACGAACCUGCGGAGCUGCCUGAGGGGUCAUCAUUGACUGUAGACAACAAACGCUUUUUCUUCGACGUCGGAUCCAAUAAGUAUGGAGUGUUCAUGAGGGUAAGCGAGGUGAAGCCAACGUACCGCAACUCAAUUACGGUUCCCUACAAAGUGUGGUCCAAAUUUGGGAAUACUUUCUGUAAAUACGCCGAGGAGAUGAAGAAGAUCCAGGAGAAACAGCGGGAGAAAAGGGCAUGCGAGCUGCAGCAACAAGAGGAGAUGCAGGCGGAUGAUGGGGAUGAGGAUUGAUAAAUAGACAGCAGAAACAUGCAGAAGUAAUCAAAAUAACAAAAGAGAAAUAUAAUUAAAAACUCUACUGUAUAAAGAAAGAAAUCUAAAGAUUUAACUGUAACGGUUUAACUCCAAGGGAGCAUCACCCACAAUAUAAACAAACCUCCACAAACUGACAGUUAUGACAUGUUGUCACUCAUCGCUGGAUGUUACCCCACUUAUCCACCAUUAAUACAGUUAACAGGCUGCUAAACAAAGUAAUAACAUUAUAUUUGAACAUUGUUUCCUACUUGACAACAAACAAUAUUGAACUGAGUGUUUAUUUCCCUUAUUAACAGAGAACUUUUGUACCAGUUAAAGCUAUUAUAAAAAAAAGAAGUGUUUGCAAUGUUCAAAUGGAAUAAUUGCCGAGUUCUGAGGAAAAAAAAGUCCUUUUCAUGUGAGCUAAUGACUUCAGCACAAAUCAGAUAUUUUAAUUUUUAAACCAAAAUUCAAAAACUUUGUAAAAGAUUGUCACAGUGUACUUGCCAUCCUAUUUACCUUUACCUGUGAGUAGAGAUGUGUUUACACAUAAAUCAUAUGAGGGCUAGGCCUGCUUUGGAAACUGGUUAGAUGUCAUGCAGUAUAAAAAGGAACAUAUAGGCAUUUUCAUGAAAUGAAAUAAGUGCUCUAUCUGUUGUGCAAUAUGCAUUGCAUAAAAAAAAAAAAAAAAAAAAUCAUAUUGAACUGGUCAAUGGAUCUUGAUAUGACCUUUGCCAGAGGCAUUCAAAGAAAUAUUAAUAUUGUAAUUUUUGUUUUAACUGAAAUUGUUGCCAUGCAGAUGGGUAUACUAUAGACUACCUUUGUGUCUCGUUGUUAUGCAAUGUGUUUGUUUUAAAGGUACUCAAUGUGUAUUCAAUAGAGGAAGUGCAGAGACAACAUGUAGCAAAUGGCCUGAAUUACUUAGAGUACUUAACAAGACAAACACCCAACAUGCACUUUGUUGAUUGGUUUAGUGGUCUGAAAAUACAGGCAAAAUUAAGCAUAGCAUUAUUGGUUCGAACAUUUGGAAACGAAAACAAACAAUUUGUGGACCGGUAAAGUCGUCAAAGUCCAAAUGGUGCCAAGGAGUGCUAUUGCUGCAUGUUUACCUGCACAAAGACAGAUUGAUGUUGGUCUCCCAAAAUAUUGGCUCAAGGACCCUAUGAACAUGUUUUUAAUUUGCCUAUAUUCUACCAAUCUCAAGUUUGACUACUGAGUGAUUUCCAUCCAGAGGCAUGGUAUAGUUGUAGUGGAAGUGGUUUGAAAGCACGAUUGUACAAGGAACGGCCUUGUAAUCUGUAAUCAAAAUGUCAUCAUCACACUCUGAUGAUGGCCACUGAGUAAUGCAACUGGAUAAGCCAGGGAGACAUAGGUUUAAUUCACUUGGUGAAACUCUAGUUCACUGUCAAUGGAUGGGCCUUCCUUAUGAGGUAAAGAUCUAAAGGUAUGAAGUUCAAUUGGGCUGUUUUGGACACAUGCUUACCCAGUAUAUUGCCCUACCUUAGAUUUGUGAGCCCAAAUAUCUACCUUGGAUGAUGAGAUUUUCUUUUGGUCUAAUUGUAAAUAUUCGGGCUACAGCGCGGAAAACAACUGGUUGUAAUCCAGUUCAGUCGCAUCUCAUAGAUGUGUUAGCAGUUUUAUAAACUCUGUCAGCUAACUCUAGAGAAACUGACAACAAUCAGAAAAUGUCAGAUUUACCUCAGCGUUGAAUUAAAUGACUGCUCCCAUGUUUAGAUUGACUGGAAACCAGCAAACUAGACUGUCCUUGACCACCUAUUUUUGGAGCCUCUGGUAUAGCCUAAAUGAUACCUGAUGGGGAGCAUCCUCUUCAGCAUAUAAACAACCUGGUGCCUUACACACUCCGCAUGCUUACACGCUGGCCUGGUGCUUUGGAUCGCAGUUUGGGUUCUUGUGAUGAUUGCUUUUUUUUAAUGUUUUUUUUCUUUAUUUUUUGUCUCAGCCCCCUUGUGUGCUAGCGCACAACUCGUGGUGCUAAAAGGGUUCAUUACGAGCUCUUAAAGAAAACUAGGAGCAGAAUUCUUAACUUUUUUCUGCUACCUUCCUUCUUCCCUAACCUCAUUGCCAUCCCCAUCCCCCAGCCAUCCAGGUAUCGGCCUACAUGUAAACAUGGAAGGGGGUGGUCACCUAGAUGCAAGAUGAUGCAGAAGAGUUGGCUCUUCACAAGCCACGUGCAUUUGCAGGGCGAGCAGGGGCUAAUUGGGAACAUCAGCUGUGGCCUGAAAUGAUUUAACUUCUCGUUGGAGCCCCCUUGAAAUGCUAGUUCUAUGGCUUGGGUAGUAACGUGUAAUUAUAAGUCGCUCAAUUAAUGGGGAGUAGCAAGCAUGUCUUGUUUUUUUUUUUUUUUUUCAUCUUUUUUUUUAAAUUAUUUUUUUCCCUUUGUUUUACAUUUUCAGCGUUAUUCCACAUUAUUUGUAAUUUUGGAAUGUUUUCGCCCACAAAAAAUAUAUCUAUUUUUUCUGUGCAACAUUUCAUCACUGUGUGCAAUAUCGUAUGUGCCAAUGGUGGCAAUAUAUGUAUAUCAAUUAAAUAUAUGAUUACUAUUUGAAAGCAUGUGGCUGAAUUCCAUGUUUAUUUCUCAUGAAGGAGAUGUAUGCCUUUAUUUGCACUCAAAAGCUCCACCUGGGAGGAUAAUAAGUAAACCAAGGUCCUAGCAGCCUGAUAGGCAGAGUAGUUCACUGAAGUUUUUUAACUUGAACAAUGUCACCAAGUUAGCCACUAAUAUGCCUCUCUGUACGGAAAGGGUAAACAUGGUUUAUGGGUUGUUGAAAGGAGACUAACAACAUAACCAAGUUUUGGUGAAUAGAAAAAGCUCUGUAAAGCAUACAGCAGAAUCUCCAUUUUUAGCUUUAAGCUAAAAAAGGUGCUUUGGUCCAAUCUUCAUUAAGGUAUAUGGUGAACUGUCUACAGUGGUUGUUGUGUGUAGCACUUUGCUUUCCCAGGUUAAUGGAAUGCCUGACCAAUACUUGUUAAAAGUGAUAUCAACAAAGAAUGUCAUUAUCUUUUAUGUUGCCUCCUUUUUAAAAGAAGGUAUUUGAUUUAAUCAUUUGGUUUUUGAUGCAUAAAUAUAAUUUAUGUACAUUUUACAAAUUUUAAAAAUAAAUCUAAUUUACCCACGAGGGAAAAUCUACAUACAAAACACAUGUGUUUUCCAUGUUGCUUCAUUUCUUGUUAAACAGAAAACAUCCCGCAAUGUCUGCAAUUCACUGACUGAUGAAGAAUAUGUUUAAUUUCAGUGGAGUGUUUAAAAAAAAUUGUAAUGACUGUACAUUUGCAUUGAUACCAAUAAGAAAUGCUUCCUUGAAAGUGAAAAUGUUUUAAAUGAUCCUCACUAUACUUGUGAUUAAGCUUAAUUUUACAGCCUUCAGAUUGCACUCUUUGUCUUGACAAAUUCCUGAUGACGCCUGACUUUCUUUUAGAUUUCUACGUUAGUCCAUAUCAUACCAGGCUGUAAAAUAAAGCAUUACUUUCCUCUCUGUUCA